GUCAGUGUUUAGAAGCUGAAAUUCAGAGACUCAGCUCCGUUAUAUCACACACUUCCCCAAAUUUCUUUAUCAUCAUAAGCCCAUCAAACACUCCCACCCAAAAAAAAAAAAAAAAAAAAAAAAAAAAAAGAAAAAAAAAUAAUUUUCUUUUCUCCUCUGCCCAUCUUCAAGAAAUUGCUUUCGUUUGGCUCUGGAAAUGCAGGGCAUACACUCGAUUGGUGGCGGAAGCCGCUUGUUUGGCGGCGGAGGCGGUGGCGGCGGGGACCGUAGCCUGAGGCCCCACCUCCACCACCACCACCAGAACCACCAAGCCUUGAAGUGCCCAAGGUGUGAUUCUCUCAAUACAAAGUUCUGUUAUUACAAUAACUAUAAUCUCUCUCAGCCUCGUCACUUCUGCAAGAGCUGCCGCCGUUACUGGACCAAAGGCGGCGUCCUACGCAACGUUCCUGUCGGUGGUGGCUGUCGGAAAACCAAACGAGCUUCCAAGUCCAAGCCGACAUCUGACACAACCGGGCCUCCACCUCCACUUCACGAACAGAAAUCCACCUCUCAUUCUAGCAGCGAGAGCUCUAGUCUCACCGCCGCAACAACAACCGCCGCCGCCGCAACCGAGGCUGUUUCCGCUCCAUCUACGAGUUCCGCGUCGACUCUAUUAAGCGUACAGGAUUCGAAAUUGUUCCCCAAUCCUAGUAUAAACACGAAUUUCGAGAUGGCGGCAGCUCCAGUUUCGGACUGCGGAAUUUUCUCGGAAAUCGGAAGCUUCACGAGCUUGAUCACGUCGUCGAACGAGACAUUGCCGUUCGGAUUCGGCAACAUCGCUGACGCGACGCCUUUCGCGAUGAAUCAUCAGUUACAAAAUCAAUGGACGCCACAGAGAAUGAUGAACGUUAACGACGAACUAAAGAUGCAGGAAAUCACAGGCGGCGGCGGCGGGUACAUGGAUCAGACGGCCCACGUCGAUCCAUCAGGGCUGCAGAAUAGCAGAUCAAGUAACAUUGGAUUCGGACCGUUGGAUUGGCAAUCAAACGGAGAUCAUCAGGUUCUUUUUGAUCUUCCCAACGCCGUUGAUCAAGCAUACUGGAGUCAAAAUCAAUGGAGUGAUCCAGACCCCCCCAAUCUGUACCUUCCGUAAAUCGCUGCAGACCACGGUCAAGACUUUCUUAGCCCACCAUUUCCUAUUUUUUUCUAAUUUCAAAAUUUAUUUAUUUUCCUAAUUUUAGUAUAAAAUUAAAGAAAUAUCUCUGUGGAAAAAAAAGGAAAAAAUGGGAAAAAUUAUGCUUCCUUCUUUACUUCGUCUCUAUGUAAAUCAAAUUCCCUAUAGUUUAUUAA